UUUCAACGUAAGUUCAAUUAAGCCAACAUGCUUUGCAAUCAGAGCACGUGGAAAUCUCAAAUCAAGAAUGGAAUUUCACGGAAAAUUAGUUUCUUUAAAAAAAAAAAAUUUCUUUUCUUUAACUAAAAUUUAUUUUUAAAUCAAAGUGAAUUUUUUCGCGGUUUCAAAAUUUUUUAUCUCGAAGCACGUGAGUUUUUUUUAUCUCAAAAAUAGACGCGUGUUUAUGGAUUACGUUUUAUGGAAUACUUGUAACUGAAUUUAUUGCAAUUAAUAGCAUCUGUAAGAACGUUUUAAAUUUUAAUAAUCUUACCAAUUGUGCGAUUCAUUUUCCAGAAACAUCCAGUGAUUUUCUAAAGAAGGAAGUAAUAAAUAACGUUUUAUGGCAACUCGAAACGAUUUAGUGCGUGCAAUAAUGUCAGGAAAUGUGCGUAAAGUUAAAAAAGUGUUAAGUAAACUCCGCAAAUUCGAUGUCAAAUUUAGCGGACUUUUAAUAACAUUAGCAGUUAGCCGUAAAGAAUCGAAAAUCGCCCAACUUCUGAUCCAACAUUUCGCCAGUUUGAAGCAGCAGAAGAGAAGUUAUUCUUUCACCACUCCAUUGUUGUACGCAUCUUAUCUGGGGGAUUUGGAAGUAGUCAAGAGUCUAGUGAAAAAUGGUGCGAAUUUGAACGGUCAAUCAAGAAACGGGUGUUCUGCACUUCAUUUCGCAGCUUUGAGCGAGCGUAUCAACGUCCUUAAGUAUCUGACCAGACACGGAGCACGUGCUGAUUUGAAAGGCCGAGGAAAAGACAACCGUGGAUUCACACCGCUGCACUACACCUGCAUCUACAACAAAGUAAAGUGUGCCAGCAUAUUGGUAAAGUACAAUAGCGAAGUAGUAAACCCAAAAGGCAUUGAUGACAUCCAUCCAAUUCAGCUUUCUGUCUCGUACUACAAUUGGGAAGUAACAUCACUCUUGUUGAAUUACGCUUCCAAUAUCAACCUGACUUUUUCUGAGAGUAUUUAUGAAACGCGCAGGGAUCCUUUCGACCAGAUUUUUGGGCUGCCAAAUGAAGAGCCGACUUUGCUGCACUGGGCAGUGAUUAAACGCGAUCUACCCAUUAUCGAUUUGUUAGUUAACAGAGGAGCAAAUGUUAAUAUAAAAACAAAAUCGGGUAUAACUCCACUUAUGAUUGCUGCGCAAGUAAACGAAUUGGAACCACUUCAGAUGAUUUUGAACCGACGGCCUUCUGUCAAUGACGUCGACUCUUUUGGUAAUACCGCUUUGCACUAUGUAUACAACGUCCGUGAAGCCCACCAAUCUCGGUAUUUCUUUUUGACUUCUCCUGAUCCGCAACAUGACAAGGAAAAAAUCGAAAUUUUGAUUAAUAAUGGUGCUAAUAUUUUCGCUCAGUGUUCGUUUAAAUUUAAUCCGAAUUUCAUAUCAAUUCUCGAUCUCGCGAUUUACUUUGGAAGGACUCUGGCAGUUCGGUUUCUUUUAUACAUGACGCCGUUAGGAUUCAGAAAUUUGGACUAUUCUCUUAUAGAGUUUGCAGCUUUUGAUCUAAAGGCCAUCGACGAAGAUAUUAGAAAUGAUUACACUAUUAAAGAAAGUUUACAAGUUGACGCUUUGUUGUUGCAGAGUUUUUUGGCAGCUUUUAUCGAAAAUCGGCAUAAAAUUGGCUUCUACGCAACUGAAAAUACUCUGCAGAACAUCAAAGCUUUUGUUUCGAAAAUUCAAAGAGAUAAUGCGGACUUUUAUUAUUGUGAGGACAAAAGAUAUAUGUUAGAAAGUGAAAAUUUUUUAAAGAGUCUACAAAUGGGACCAAGUGGAAUUACUUGCUGGGAUUUUAUUGUUCAAGAUCGAGAGAAAUUGGUGAAACUUGCUUUUAAUCAGGAUUUUUUAGUAGGAUUCGAUUUUUAUAAUUUUUAUCGUGAAAAGUGUACCUUUUAUUAUUCAAAGUGGUUUUCGUAUAAAGUUAACUAUGCCCUAGCCAAAAGCGAGACACUAGGAAAAAGUAUUGAAAUAAUCUCGAAUUUAUUUCAGCAAGUAAUUCCUUUUGAUUGCUGUGAGUAUAUUGCUUAUUGUUUUAGUAACAAAGAAUUAAAACAAUUGGUAGUGAAGUUUCAGCCGCCUAACUUCAGAUACAGAAACUUUUAAAAAUUGAAAUUUAAGAGUUUACAUCUGACGUUACAUAUUAUUAUGUAUCGGUCAUCAUCAUAAAUAAAAUUAUUAAAAUCACCUUCGAUCGAUCCCAUGGCAGAAAAUCGCGUUUAAAUUAAUUUUUCUUAAUUUAAUCAUGGGAUCUCAUCGCAUAACAUCCAUCGAAGGUACUUUGGUAAGAUAGCGAAUUUCUGGGUGUUUUUAAUUAGAAGUUAGCUAUUUUACUAGGGUACAAUCGAUAUCACGCAUCAGA